AUGGCAUCCAAGCAAGCUACCCUAGGGAAGUUCUUUGGCCAGCCCAAUGGCCCCAAGCCUGCACCACAGCAGUCCAAGCUUUCGUUCAGUACAAAGUCGAGUAAGAAGCCAAAGGAGGAACCAGAAGCUUCCGAGGACCAAGAACCAGCUUCGCCAAAGAGGAAAGCGAGCGCCGAUGCGACUGAAAAUGCCGAUCAAAGCGCUGAUCCUGCCAAAGACACCAGAAAGCGAUCUCGGUCUCCCUCCUCUCCAAAGGGCAAGGCGAAACAAUCCUCUACAAAGAUAAAAGUUGAAAAUGAGGAGGAGCCUGAGGAAAAGGAGCUUGAAGAAGAAGCGCCUGUGGUAAAAAGACGACGAAGGGGUCGCCCCCGAAUUGAGGAUAAGGACGAAGACGAGACUAUGGCCGACGCCGAGCCAGUCAAGCCCAAGAAAUCACCCAAAAGCAAGAAAGCUUCUCCAAAGAAGUCCCCUGCUAAAUCCACGUCCGAUAAGGAAGAGUCACCGGUACCUAAGCAAGAGGAUGAUGAUAUCAAAGAGGAAGCUUCGGAAUCCGCUUCUGAGAUGGAAAAGGAGGAAAGUGAAGAUGAGAAACCAGAGCUUAAAUCUAAGGUCCGGGAAAAGCAGCAGACUAAGCUUCAGAGCAAGACGAAGGAUGCGUAUCCCGAUUGGAAACCUGGAGCACCAGUGCCUUACGCUGCAUUGUGCACAACUUUCUCACUUGUUGAGCUCACCUCAAAGCGACUUCAGAUCACGGAAUAUUGCUCUCUAUUCCUCCAACAAGUUUUACGCCUGACCCCCGAUGACUUUCUUCCGACGGUAUUAUUGAUGAUCAACAAAUUGGCUCCGGACUACGCAGGCAUCGAACUUGGUAUUGGCGAAUCGCUUAUCAUGAAGGCCAUAGGCGAAACGACAGGGCGUAGCUUAGAAGUUAUAAAAGCUGACCAGAAAGAGAUUGGCGACUUGGGUCUUGUUGCGGUCAAAAGCAGAUCGACUCAACCAACUAUGUUCAAACCCAAGCCGUUAACUGUCAGAGCUGUGCAUAAAGGUCUAAUGGACAUUGCAACCGUGGCCGGAAACGGCGCUCAGGGCAGGAAAGUUGACGGAAUCAAGAAGCUAUUAUCAUCUGCUGAUGCUCACUCGGCUGGCAAAGUCGAUAUCUACAAGGACAAAGGUGGUCCUAGCGAAGCCAAAUAUCUGAUCCGGUUCUUGGAAGGGAAACUCAGAUUGGGUUUGGCCGAAAAGACCGUCCUCGUUUCCAUCGCACAAGCUAUAAUUUGUCACGAAGCAGAACAAAAAGGAAAAGUACCCAGCGCCAAGGAGAUAGAAGAAGCAGAGGCUAUGCUGAAGACGGUGUACAGUGAACUUCCCAGCUGGGAUGUGAUUAUCCCCGCCAUGGUCAAGAACGGCAUCAUGAGGUUGAAGGAGACUUGCAAGCUUCGCCCAGGAGUUCCUCUCAAGCCCAUGCUUGCAAAGCCUACAAAAGCAAUUACCGAGGUGCUAGAUCGGUUUGAAGAUCAGACUUUCACCUGCGAGUAUAAGUAUGACGGCGAGAGAGCGCAGAUCCACUACGUUGCGAAAGACCAUUCGGACGAGUAUAUUGACGCUCUUCCUGGUGCUGCCAAAGAAGCUGCUACGGGUGUCGCGUCUAUCUUCUCUCGAAACUCAGAAGACCUGUCCAAGAAAUAUCCCGAUAUCCUUGCGAAGCUACACACCUGGGUCAAAGACGGCACCAAAAGCUUCGUGUUGGAUUGCGAAACCGUCGCCUGGGAUGUAAACGAGAAAAAGGUUCUCCCCUUCCAGCAGUUAAUGACACGGAAAAAGAAGGACGUCAAGCUGGAGGACGUGAAAGUAAAAGUCUGCGUGUUUGCGUUUGACUUGUUAUUCCUCAACGGGGAGGCCGUCGUCGAGAAGCCGCUCCGAGAACGUCGCGAGUUGCUUCAUAGUGCUUUCCAACCAGUAGAAGGAGAGUUUGCAUUCGCAACGCACAUGAAUGGUAGGGAGCUCGACGAAAUCCAGGCUUUCUUAGAUGAAAGUGUCAAGGCUUCUUGCGAAGGCUUGAUGGUCAAGAUGCUUGACGGUGCGGAGAGUGGGUACGAGCCCAGUAAGCGAAGUCGAAAUUGGCUUAAGAUCAAGAAAGAUUACCUUUCAGGAGUAGGUGACUCGCUUGAUCUGGUAGUCCUCGGUGCCUACUAUGGCAAAGGCAAGCGUACGUCUGUUUACGGUGCCUUCCUUCUCGCCUGCUAUAAUGCAGCUUCCGACACCUACGAGACUAUCUGCAAUAUUGGCACCGGCUUUUCCGAGCAAGUUCUCGAAGACCUUCACAAGCAACUCUCAGAAAUCGUUAUUGAUCGCCCAAAACCAUUCUAUGCGCACUCAUCGGGUGGGCAGCAUCAACCAGACGUCUGGUUUGAACCACGCUAUGUCUGGGAAGUGCGAACGGCAGAUCUAACGCUGAGUCCAAGGUAUAAGGCGGGGUUGAAGGAGAAUGUCGACCCGUCUGGUGAGAAGGGAAUUAGCUUGCGGUUCCCUAGAUUUAUCAAAGUGAGAGAUGAUAAGAAACCGGACGAGGCGACAAGCAGCCGUCAAGUGGCGGAGUUAUACAGAAAACAGGAAAGCGUCACAAAGAGUAAGGGUCCGUCUGUGGAUGAUGAUUUCGAAUACUAA